AUGAGCAGCAACACCAUCAAGCAGGCAGCUGAAGCGGCCCGGUCUAAGUCAUCCGAAGUUAUGAAUUCAGCCAAGAGCGAAGCCGCCGUCGUGGCUACGGCCACUGCCGACUUCCUUCACACGCCCCUCAUGCGUGCCGCCCUCCCUUUUAUCAACGGUGGCCUCAGUGGCAUGGUCGCCACCACCGUCAUCCAGCCCGUCGACAUGAUCAAGGUCCGCAUCCAGCUUGCCGGUGAAGGCGUCGCCGGUGGCCCUAAGCCCACCCCGCUGUCCGUCACCCGUGAGAUCUUGGCCAGCGGCAAGGCCCUCGACCUGUACACCGGCCUAUCUGCCGGCCUUCUGCGCCAGGCUGUUUACACCACGGCCCGCCUGGGCUGUUUCGAUACCUUCAUGGGUCGCCUGAGCGUUCGGGCCCGCGAACGUGGCCGUGCCAUUGGCUUUGGUGACCGUGCCACUGCCGGCCUGGCGGCCGGUGGCAUCGCCGCCAUGAUCGGAAACCCAGCCGAUCUUGCCCUUAUCCGCAUGCAGAGUGACGGCCUCAAACCCAUUGCCGAGCGCAAGAACUACCGCUCGGUCAUUGACGCCCUCGGUUCCAUUGCCCGUUCCGAGGGCGUGGCCGGCCUCUGGGCCGGUGCCGCACCCACCGUAGUGCGUGCCAUGGCUCUCAAUUUUGGCCAGCUGGCCUUCUUCAGCGAGGCCAAGGCCCAGCUCAAGGAGCGCACGACGAUGUCGACACGCGCCCAGACGCUAAGCGCCAGCGCCAUUGCCGGCUUCUUUGCCUCCUUCUUUUCCCUGCCCUUUGACUUUGUCAAGACACGGCUGCAGAAGCAGCAAAAGGGCCCCGACGGUCGGCUCCCAUACAAGGGCAUGGCCGAUUGCUUUACCAAGGUGGCCCGCCAGGAGGGCAUCCUGCGCUUCUACCGUGGAUUUGGCACAUACUACGUGCGCAUUGCACCACAUGCGUAA